AUGGCUCAUGAUCGGGAGAUUUUAAGAAUGAUCUGGGAGGGUCAAAUUGCUAUUUGCUUUCAAGCUGACUCGGAAGAAAUCGUCGGUUUACAACAGCCUGAAAACUUUUACUUGAUGGUCUCCCGUUUAAGUUAUUUACCUCUAGUAACUGAUAAGGUUAAAAAAUAUUUUAGUCGUUAUAUAUCACACGAACAACAGGACGGAAACGUAUGGUUUGAUUACAAUGGAAUCCCUUUAAAACUACAUUAUCCAAUUGGGGUUUUAUACGAUCUAUUAUAUCCUGAAGAAGAUAGUGUGCCGUGGUAUCUUACAAUACAUUUUUCUAAAUUCCCAGAAGACGUCUUAGUGAAGCUUUCAACUAGAGACCUCUUGGAAUCACAUUUUAUGUCAUGUUUAAAGGAAGCUGAUGUUCUGAAGCAUAGAGGACAAAUAAUAUCUUCGAUGCAAAAGAAGGAUCAUAACCAACUCUGGCAAGGAUUAAGCAAUGAUAAAUUUGAUCAGUUUUGGGCGAUUAAUAGGCGUUUGAUGGAGGCUAAUGGAGAUCAAGAAACAUUUAAAUACAUUCCAGUUCGAUUUUAUGCUGAUGAAGAUACCUAUAUACAAAAGUUGAUAACACCCAUAAACAAAAACGGGCAAAAGAAAACUGUUGGUGAACUGAUGAUUGAGAUGUCGACACCACUUAAAAAAGUUGUUGAAGUUCGGACCCAAGGUAUCAGCAUACACGAUGGAGCAAAUUUACAAUGGUUAUCCGAACAUUUAAGUUACCCGGAUAAUUUUCUACACUUAUUUUUAGUUUAUGAAUCUAAUAUUUAAUUGUUAAUUAUACUUUAAGAGUAUAGAUUAAGCAGUCAUUAAAUUUUGAGCUGAUUUUGCCGCAAAAGAAAAUUCUUGCUAUUUAUGACCAAAAAGUAGGAGAAAAGUGAAGAUAUGUGUAUGGGAACUUAUAAUGGACCACAGCAUUUUUUAUGAUUUUUGUAUUUGAAUCGGUUUCUCUAAGUUUUCUCUUGCUGUUUCCAAGUUUGCAAAUAAAUUUCAUCUCUCAUUUGGUACAAAAAUACGCGAAGUGUUUUCUGUUCAGGUUGAAUAAAUUAUUUCAUAACCCGAAUCAUGGUUAAGGCUUGUCUGAAGGCUGAAAGUUAUGGAUAAAUAAAGAGUAAAACAAAAACCAAA